GCCAUUGCCAACGCUGUGCGACACCAUGUCGGACAGUGAUGACUACGGUGACGGAUACGACGAUACCGAGUUCUUCAACGUGGCGACGCAGGCUGAGAAGGAAAACACACCUGCAUUCCAGCCAUCGCCACGACCGACCAAGCGCCGGAAGGUCAGCCAAGCACGUGAAAAGGCUAAGUCCAUUCCAACAAGAAAAACGCCAAAUCGACGACGGCAACCUUUCACAGGAUCAUCUGACGAGGACGACUCUGAUCCUGUAGCUGAAGACGGUGGCGGGUCUUUUGGCACAGGUGGCAAAGAUGAUUCGCCUGCGACCAGUGAAGAGCCACAGGAAAAGCGACUAUCAACUCGCAAGAAGAGAGCUGCACCAAAACAGCACGACGAGGUUGGUGGAGACGAUGAUGCAUCACCUACAAGAGCGACCGUCGCUCAGAAGCGGCGAGAGCGCAUACACAUCCCAACAGCAGAAAUAGACAUGACAGAUGUCUUCUUCACCCAACCGCCACGAGAGCAUUCUCCGCCAUGGAAGCCCCGAGGCGCCAUUUGGGCGAAGCCGACCAGCAUUGGAGUGCAUCGACCAUCUGUGGAGCCUACGAAGUGGACUGGACUGGAUGCAAUGAAGACUAUGGCUUUACCCAGUAGACAAUCGAUCUCAUCGCGUCCGAAAGCACCAGCUCCCGUCGCCGUAGACGAAUCCAACUCCGCUAUCGAGGAUGAUAAACCUCCCCAGUCGCCCGUGGUGACUAGUGCGCCAACGGCCUAUGACUACACGCAAGACCUCGCUGAUCUACCAUCUGAUGCGUUCUCAUCUUCAACAGCAUCACCGCAAAAGCAGGGCGCUGACGACGACGUCAUUAUGCAGUCAGCAACUCGCAAAAGUAUUGUAGCACCUCAAGCCGACUUGCGGCAAACCACGUUGUUCGGACGACAGGGUGCUAAUGGCCAGAUACCACCAUCACAAGUGAACAAGCGCUACAACUUUGUUGUUGAUCAGAAGCAAGAGCCUCCGACUCAUCACAAGCUCGAUCAUGAAGCUCUGAAGACGUGGGUAUACCCGACGAACUUGGGAACAAUUCGGGAUUACCAGUUCAAUAUCGUGCAGAGAGGCUUGUUCCACAAUCUUCUCGUUGCUCUGCCCACUGGUCUUGGAAAGACCUUCAUCGCAGCGACGAUCAUGUUGAACUGGUAUCGGUGGACGAUCGAAUCACAGAUCGUGUUCGUUGCGCCGACGAAGCCGCUCGUUUCCCAGCAAGUCGGUGCUUGCUUCGGUAUUGCUGGCAUACCACGUUCAGCUACGACCAUGCUCACAGGAGGCGUCCAGCCAGGGCUCAGAUCAGAGGAAUGGAAGAGCAAACGAGUGUUCUUCAUGACCCCUCAGACAUUGUUAAAUGACUUGAAAAAUGGAUACGCAGAUCCAAAGAAAAUUGUCUUGCUGGUGGUCGACGAGGCACAUCGAGCGACUGGAUCUUAUGCAUACGUGGAGGUAGUAAGCUUCCUGCGACGCUUUAAUCAGAGCUUCCGUGUUUUGGCUCUCACAGCUACUCCGGGUGCCGACGUCGAGGCAGUUCAGAAGGUCAUCGACGGGCUCGAUAUUUCAAGAGUUGAAAUUCGAACGGAGAACUCAAUGGACAUAUGCAACUAUGUGCACCAGCGCAGGAUCGAAAAGCGGGUCUUCCAGAACAGCGACGAGAUGGAGAUGUGUAUGGAUCUAUACAGCCAAGCCCUACAACCACUGGUCAAUCAGGUGGCGGGGAUGGGCGCAUACUGGAGCAAUGAUCCCCGAACUUUGACGCCCUACGGUUGCACGCAAGCGGCGAACAAGUGGGUGAACGAAGCCGGACGCCAUGCGAAUGCCGGUGUGAAGAACAUGGUCCGCACCAUCCUGACACUACUCGCUUCCAUCGCCCACGGCAUGGAUCUACUCAAGUUUCACGGCAUGGCUCCAUUCUACACCAAGCUGAAGGACUUCAGAGAUGACAGUCAGAAAACGAAGUCAAAGUAUAAGAAGCAGAUCCUUGACAGCGAUGCAUUCAAGAAGCUCAUGACACGACUGGACACCUGGGUUAACGACGAGAACUUUGCCGGUCACCCGAAACUGGAGUACGUGCAGGAGUGCAUCCUAGAGCACUUUGUCAACGCAGGGGAAGGGCCGAACGCUUCGCAGACCAGGAUCAUGGUCUUUGCUCACUUCCGUGACAGCGCUGAACAAAUUGUUCGCAUACUGAAGAAACAUGAGCCAAUGAUCCGGCCCCGUGUGUUCGUUGGUCAAGCAACAGCAAAGAACUCGGAAGGUAUGAACCAAAGAGAGCAAUUGGAAGUCAUCGAUGAGUUCAAGGCGGGCAAACACAACACACUUAUCGCCACCUCCAUCGGUGAGGAAGGUCUCGACAUUGGUGAAGUCGAUCUCAUCAUUUGUUACGACUCAAAAGCAUCGCCAGUCCGCAUGUUGCAGAGAAUGGGACGUACCGGUCGCAAGCGUGAAGGAAAGAUCAUCAUGCUUCAAAUGCAGGGCAAAGAGGAGAACGACGCCAACAAAGCGAAAGACAGCUAUGAGAAGAUGCAAGAGCUCAUUGCGAACGGGUCACACUUCACUUUCCACACCGAGAUAUCUCGACGGAUUGUACCGUCUGAUGUCAAGCCUGUUGUCGACCGCCGCACCGUCGAUAUACCUCCGGAAAACUCGCAGCAAGACUGGCUUCCUGAGCCGAAGAAGAAUGGCCGAACGAAGAAGCCGCCGAAGAAGUUCCAUAUGCCCGAUGGUGUGCUGACUGGCUUUGUUACUGCUGGGCGGAUGGAUGAGAUUGUUCCAAAAGGGCGUGGCAAGAAGCCCCCUGUCAUCACGUAUCCAAGCGAGGAGGUGUCCGAGGUACCGUCCUUCGAAUCGGUUUUGCUAGACGAAGCAGCAACGAACGAUCUAGAAAGGCGCUUUCAAACUGUAUACGACGAUGAGGAUGCCCCGAUGGUCAGCGCCUUGGAUCUCAGUCAACACGCCGAUCACCAGCGGACCUUGACCAAGACACACCUUCUAUCCAAACCCGGGCGGAAGACGCGGAAUUUUGUCGCCACUAUGCAGCGAAUACACGACAUGGAUACCGACCGUGUAGAGUCAUUCAAACAGAACCUUCACCAUUCGGACUACGAGUCAGAUGGUGUAGAUGACGAAAUUCUCGUCGCAGACACAGAGUCGCGGCCGGUAAUACGCGAGGAUAUGUGGGCUGACGAUGAUCCUGCAUCACAAGAACUCAUCAAGGCUAAAGCAAAACCUAAAGCUAAAGCGAAGGCAGCGCCUAGGCCGAAGGCUAAACCAGCGUCUGAACCGAAGGCGAAGGCACCAAAGACUCCAGCCCCUCGUGGCCGCCCACGCAAGGAAAUGGCUACGGUGGCUGCUGCUGAAACACCGAUUCGACCAUCCAAAGUAAAGAGUCAGACACCAAGAACGGAGACACCCAACUGGAGGGUCUCAGCUCUAGCGGGAGAGGGCGAAGAGUCGUCUCCACCACCUACGGACCCUCGGUUCCGCGUAGCCUCUCAGGCUGAUACGAUAGGCUCCGAGGACACUCUGGCUGAUGGAGAGGUGGAGGAUCCAUCGCUCUGGAAGCUGGACUCCGACCUCAACAGCUUCAUUGUCGACGGUACAAUUGUUGAGGAGGAAGUUCCAGCGUCAAGUCUCCCUGGCCUUGACUUCAAUGGUCUCGGAAAGGCUACUCAGGCAAUGAUCAGGUCUGCUACGAAGCCGAAGAGGCCUGUGAGAGCCGAUAAGCUCUUCACUAGCGAUAUCACAGACAACGAUGCGGUGGUCAGCAGUGACAGCGAUGACGAUGCGCCACUGGUCAAACCAGGUAGAGGUGCAAGUAAGAAGCCGACCUACGUUAUAGAUUCUGCCUCAGAGGAGGUGUCUUCGCCUGUUCUACAAAGGAAGAGAGUUCGCCGGGUGAUUGAUGACGAUGAAUGAGCCUCACAUGCAUAUAGACAAAGAUAGGCCUCGAUAGCGUUGCUAGCUUCACAGCAAUGUAUUGUCCAAAGAAGAGUCUUUUGAUUUACUUUCCCUCUAGAAACGCUCAUUCAAACUGUUUCCAGUACUCAGGUUCGAAGCCCUCCAUUUGCUGCGUGUACGACUCUCCAGCUUUGACCCAACCUUUGAUGCCACCACCAAGUGUCAAAGACUGUAUCUGAUCAUCGCUCUUCUCGGCGAUGUAGUCUGCGAACCAGCCUGAGCAGCGCGGACCUCUGCCAUUUGACGAACCUGUCCAGUUUCAGC